UGCUCUCGUAUCACGCGUUUACAUCUUGAAGUUGAAUCAAGAUGCUGUCCCGGUUUUUCUCCAGCUCGUGUCUCAUUCUCCUGUCCCUUUCUAGAUGCGUCUGCGCGAAAGUGGUUGCAACCGAAAAUGCUACGGCACUAGUCAUCCAGAAUGACCGCCUAUUCACACGUGUCGACAAGGCCUCUGGGGCUAUGGAUGCUAUAUUCCUGGACGGCCAAAAUCUCUUGGGCACACGGUCAGGAUCUACCGGCAUAUUCAAUUUAGACUGUUAUUGUAUCCCAAGUGGUUUUUGGACACCGGGAUCGACACAACCAACCUAUGAGCUGUAUGCCGGAACAGACUCUACGGGCACUAGCUACGCCGGUAUAAGGAUGUCCGACACUUACACGCCCACUGGACAAGUUCUAGAACAGUAUUGGUUCCUCAGGGAUGGGGAGACCGGCUUUCAUACCUUCUCACGCCUCGCGUAUUACAACGAGACCACACCGUUCUUGCGAAACCUCCAGGAGUUCCGAACAUUAUUCCGACCUAACUCGAACAUAUGGACUCACCUUGUGACUAACGAAAGGCAAUAUGCGCCGCUACCCGGCGCCGAGGCCGUGGCAAACGAGGUCGUCGUACAAGAUGCUACAUGGUACUUGGGAAAUACGCCUAAUGAUCCGUAUGUUCAAGAGGAAGCCGACUACUUCACAAAGUACACAUUCCAGGAUACAUGGAGAAAUCAUGAUGCUCACGGGAUGUACGCCGAUGGGUCCCAAAUCGCGGACAAUUCAACCUUCGGAGCUUGGAUGGUUAUGAAUACUAGGGAAACCUAUUUCGGAGGCCCGCUACAUUCUGAUUUGAUCGUCGAUGGAAUUGUCUAUAACUAUAUAGUCUCAAACCAUCACGGAGACCAAACGCCAAACAUCACAAAUGGAUUUGACCGGACAUUUGGCCCGCAUUUCUAUUACUUUAAUCAUUUCCCGGCCGGAACCGAUCUUCAGGUUCUCCGAGAGGAUGCUGUGAAGUUCGCAAACCCGGAAUGGAGUGCCGACUUCUACGAUUCUAUUGCAAAAUACGUGCCCAACUACGUUACUAGCAAACAGCGUACUACUUGGAACCUACAGGUAGAUCUGCCUAAAAAUGCCAAAAACCCCAUAGCCGUAUUAGCACAGAACGGUGUCGAUUUCCAAGAUAACGUUUUAGACACCAAGGCCUAUCAAUAUUGGGCUGAAAUUAACGAGAGCGGUCACGCGACCAUUCCACGAGUGAAAACUGGCACGUACCGACUUACGAUCUACGCGGACGGAAUAUUCGGACAGUACAUUCAAGAUGGUGUGACGGUACGUGCCGGAAAGGUAGAUACGACUCGGGUUAAUUGGGUAGAAGAAAGCCAGGGAGUCGAGAUCUUCCGCAUCGGCACGCCCGACAAAAGCAGCGGUGAGUACCGGCAUGGUUACGAGCCCGAUCUGACACACCCACGCCACCCAGAGCAGUACAGGAUAUACUGGCCGGUAUACGACUUUGUCGACGACUUCCCAGAAGGUGUGACGUUCAAGGUUGGCGAAAGCGAUGUGGCCAAAGAUUUGAACUAUGUCCACUGGAGCGUAUUCGGGGGCUAUGCUAACACGCUUCGCCCUGAAGCGUACUACGGCGACGGCAACGUAAACAAUUGGACCAUCGUAUUUGACUUGGAAAAAUCUCAAUUUUACCAGAAGCAGCAAGCAACAUUCACUGUCCAGCUAGCUGGAGCCAAGACUGCCGCAGGAAACACCGACGUGUACAAUGCUUCGGAGCCUUAUUCCAAUUUGCCAUAUACGGUUAAUGUCAACGGAAAGGACCUUGCGCCUUGGAUAAUUCCUUACUACCAAAGCAGCUCUUGUGCAGUGCGGUCCGCAGUCAUUUGCUACAACGUCGCGAAUAAGUUUACCUUCGAUCCAGCUUUGCUCAAGGAGGGCGAGAAUAAAAUCGUCCUAAGCCUACCAUAUAAUGCCACCGACUACGAGAGCGCAGUGCUGCCUAGCUCGGUCUAUGUGCAGUACGACGCAUUGAGACUAGAAGUCAGCUCAGGGACGAAACACGGCUAUAAGAGAGCCACGUAAAGUAUUUUAAUUCAAGAUCUCGGGGACCUGUGACUAAAAAUAACCUGAUAUCUUAUUAGUAUUUAAUGAUCGAAGCAUAUAUCUUUCUUGCUUAAUAUCUACUGCUCUGUAUAAUACAGGAGCAUUCGUUGUUCUCAUGCUGCGCCCCAAGCAAUAGAGCA